AUGCCUCGAGCACCUCGCAGAACCGCCGCACAUCAUGCUCGCGAGGCAGCGACAACGACUCCUACGCGACCGACGACCACAAAUGCCAUCACGGCGACGAUCCCCCCAUUCAUGCUAGAAACGCCUCCACAUGCUCCGUUCCUGACAACUCCUCUACCUCCUGCGAACAACCCUGGCAAUUCAAUCGUGCCCGAGGCAAAUGCGCCGCGACGUCAACAAGGGCGAAACCAACAGCCGCCGGUGGAAAAUGGAAACUUGCGGCACGAGGUUCCUGAGAACUCUCAAAUGUCGCACAAUGCCUUGGGCUCCGCUCCAUCCGAGGGAGAUAAUACAGAUGAGCAGCCCUACCUUGAAUCUGUCCAUCACGAUAUUGAAGAUGCAAAACAGCUCCGGGGUUUGCGGGAUAUCUCAUCACUAGCGACAUGGACUUUAUCUUCAGCGAAGCCUGGUUGUGCUUUAGCUCAGCUGCGGAAUCCCAGUCCGACUCUCUUUUGGCAGAGUGAUGGACCCCAGCCUCAUACCCUCACACUACAUUUCUUUAAGCUGGUAGCAAUUGUCAAGAUGAGGGUAUACUUGGAUUUCGAGCUUGAUGAGUCCUACACUCCGACCAAGAUGAAGUUCUUUGCGGGCAUGUCUGAAGGUGGCUUGGUCGAGUUCGGCUCUUGGGAAGUAUCGGAGACGACAGAUCCAGAGACUGGCGAGACGCAUAGCAGCAUUGAGGGAAUCAGAGGAUGGAUUGAUGUGCCGUUGAAGGGAGUUGGAGGGAGAGAGACUCGCUACCACGAGAAUGAAGACAGACUCAACGGUGAGGUAGAGCCGACUUUGUAUCCGCUCCAGAUGGAUAUGCGGGAUAAUUUGGAGGGAGAUGUGCUAAAGGCCAUGGUGGUCCAAGUCCGAAUUUGCGAGAACCACCAAAAUGGCAAAGACACGCACGUUCGUGGAUUCCAGGUGUUUGCUAGGGACCACAGCAAUCCUGGAGAUCUGAGGGCUGAUGCAAAAAGGGGGAAGCGGGGAAAGCAGAAUAAGAAGACGCCCGAAUCUGAGGAUGAACCCGACCAAAUUAUUGGCCUCCAACCAGCUGAGUGGAUGGGUGAGCCAGCAAUACGAUAG